AUGGAGUACCGAGCUACAGGCACCCCUCAAGGAGAGCAGCAACCCCAACCCUGUCGAGUGUUGUUCGCUGCAGAGGCUCAACUCCCCCUGUCAAACACAUCAGCACUUUCUUUCAAGCCACUCUGGACACACCCCUGCAUUGACGGUAUUCUACCCAAGGAGCACAAUAGCUGCAGCAGAUGCGAGAGCAGUAACGGAACAGAACGGUGUCGCUUGACCCCAAGCGCAUCCGCUGUUAGCUCUUUCGAGGAUUGCUUGGUGUUGGCCUUCCCUGAUUCCCUGAGGGUAUUUAUCAGACAGGCUUCAAGCUCUCAUGUACAGGAACAGAGCGUCCACCGGGAAGUGCAGCAUGAUGAUCAACAGCACAAUCAGCAGCAUGCAGAGCCUGACCCUUGCUUCUCUGGUGUUGUGCCCAAGCGGCUUCCUCCCCGAAUAGAGUACACCAUUCCCCUGCCGCAUCCGGUUUCUUCUGUUGCCUGUGGACUGAACCACAUUUUGGUGGCAACGAGAGUGGGUAUUCCGUGGGCCCUGGGAUCAAAUUCCCUGGGUCAAUUGGGAGAUGGCACUUUUCAAGAUCAAAAGCAGUUUACUAGAGUGAAGAUUGAUGCUGAAAGGUUCGAUGUUGUGUCGAUUCAUGCUGGAUGCAACUUCUCUCUGGCAGUGUGUAUAUAUAGGUGCGGUGGCUACAGGAGUAGUAGCCAGGAGGGUAGUGGGAGGCGCUCAGGGGGUGCACAGACACCGCAGCAGAGGGACCACCCACCGCAAAAGAAACAACGUGUCAGUGGAGCAGUAGGAGAGAGAGACUUUAUUUGCGAACAUGGUUCAGCAGAUAAAGAAGAUGUAGAUGAAGCAAGAGGUCCGGUUGUGUUUGCUUGGGGCUCCAAUGAAUUUGGCGAGUUGGGCUUGGGUGCAGAUGGCAUGGGGAUCUCCUGCCUGAAUAUUCCGAAGCCCAUUGCGUCUCUUCAGGGAGGCUUCUACACUGCCGUGGCUUGCGGCUCUAACUACAGCGUCUUCGUCACGAAAAACGGGAAGGCCUUGAGCUUUGGACUCAACACGCACGGGCAACUGGGGCAUGGGACCCACAGCCCUAGAGAAGACAGCCCCUCCCUCGUUCGUGUGUCCACUCCGCUUUGCGCUGUCAGCUGUACAGACACCCGAGCGGUUGCCCUCUCAAAACGCGGGCGCGUCAUAACGUGGGGUUUGCAGCUUACGUAUGCUGCCCCACCUCCGGUACGCUUUCCUGCGUUAUGGUCGCCUGAGUGGGGGGUAGCCACUGCACCGGUAGACGGUGAGCUGCCUAUGGAGGGGCCCCUAGCGGAACCCCUGGAGAAAAUGUGGGGUGCCUGUACACCCGAAUGGGAGGCUUCGGAAAAGAGCAGCACUGAAGACGAAGACGGGGUCCCCGCUGAUGCUUCCGAUGCCGGAGAGGCAAGGAGCGAGUGCGAAGAAGCCACAGGAAGGAACAGAGAUGUGCGCAAAGAUCCCUUCUGUGACGCCCCUGCAGCGGCACAAGUGGUUGCGCUGCCCACCGGUAUAUAUGGAGUGGCUGCGACGGGUGUGGGCAUAGAUUGCGUAAUUGCGAGGGGAAGAAAUACCCCAGGAAAUGUGGAGCUUCUCUGUUUGUGGGACACAGAUGCUGCUGCAGAGGGCAGCGAGAAGGCAGGCCUCCCUGGGGGACCCCACAGAUGGCCUGCAGUAAGCCGAGUAGCGCAUCUCCCAGCGUGGAUUUAUACGCGUGAGGAAAAGGCUGAAGAGGGUCAGAGGCCUAGGAGAAUCCAGUGGAAUUGCCGAGGGACCAAAAGGACCAUCCUUAUAUGGGCACAGGAAGCAGAGGUCCAUGCACAAGGAGGAAACACCAGCAGGCGCAGGCACCCGCAGUCAGGAACCUGCAGUAUUUACCGCCUUUCAAUUUUGCAAAUCCGUACACGGGAAAGAUUGCGGCCUUGCCCACUUUUGGCAGGCUAUAAACAGCAAACAGAGCCGCAAAACAUCAAUGUCAUAGAUGACGGGAGCAAUGUAUCUAAGGGUGGUGCUGGAUACCCCACUGGUAAAGCAGACAAUUUCUCUAAAUGCAAGGAAUAG